UUCAACAUUUGCUCUCCUUUAACGGUUUUAAUUUCGAUUUCGAUUCUCGUUUUGAUUUGUUUAUAGUUUCUGCUUGAGGACGUGAACUGCAUUAGGCAAACCAUCGUAUAUAUAUAAUAACUUGCUCAUGUCAAGUGCUAAUAUAUUGGCAUGGUUUUGAUUUUACUUAAAUUUCGAAUUUAGUUUUAUUCUUUUUAGCUUAACAUUACUACUUAUUUUCAAAAAAAAAAAAAGAAGAAAAAACUCUUUCUCUUAGAUAGUCCACACUUUUUUGUACUAUUUUAAUACUACAAAAUGUAAAACCUAAUGAACUUUUUUAGAUGAAAAGAGUAAUUGAUAUUGAGUAGCCUAAAUUGACAGAAGGAGCAUUUUAUUUUGCUUUUCUUUUUUGGUACUUCCUCCAAUCUAAAAUAAGUGUCGUUUUAGUAAAAUGGAGAAAUUUCAAAAUAAGUGUCGUUCUUAUAUUUCAAUGCAAUUUUUGACCAAAAUUUUCAAAAUUACUCUCAAAAGAAUUAAUACUAUUGGUGGAUAUUUUUUUAAUGGGGUUGGUUGAGAAUAUUCAAGUAAUUUUAUUAACUUAUUUAAGAGUUUCUUAAACUAUGUGAGAUGACACUUAUUUUGGAAUGGAAGGAAUAUUUUAUUUCGAGUUUGGAAGUAUGGAACCGAAAUCGAAACCGACAUUCCGGUUCUACUAAUUCCAGCAAUGGAGAACCUUUAACUAAUUUAUAAAUAUGAACCCCUAAGUAACUAAGUACUAGGAUUGAUUAUCAAAGUAUCAAACACUCAAAACCUUAAUCCGCGGAAUGAACACCAUCUUCUGCAGUUCAAUAACUUGACGUUUUAUCUACUUUUACUUUUUCAUAUGCAUUCAAUUCAGAGUUCUAAUUCCGAAAUAUCCCAAGUUGGGUCUUCCCUUUUCAAAUUUUCAUCCAAUUUAGCUACAAACCUUUGAAACAAGGUGAAGGGAAUGAAAUGCAUGCCUAUUUGGAUUCUGAGAAUGCGCCUUUCAAUUCGAAUUCUGGGAUGUCAAUUAAUUUCAAAGUCUUCAAAUUCUGGGAUGUCAAUUAAUUGUCUUAGCGUUGAUGCUUGUGGGGGAUAUGCAGAAUACUCAAAUCCCAGAACCUUUCGGGAAUGUUGCCUCCUGAAUUGACCAAUCUCCCUUUCCUAAGAGAAAUUGAUCUGACCCGGAAUUACCUGAACGGUACCAUCCCUAAAGAAUGGGGUUCCAUGCAGCUUGUGAACAUUUCACUGAUUGGGAACCGAAUAUCAGGGCCAAUUCCAAAAGAAUUGGGAAAUAUCAGCACAUUAGCCAAUCUGACGCUGGAGUACAAUCAGUUGAAUGGAACUAUUCCUCCAGAGCUUGGGAACCUCCUCAAGUUAGAAAGACUAUUUCUAACUUCAAAUUACUUGACUGGGGAGUUGCCUGCAGAACUAUCUCAGUUGACCUCUCUGAGGGAACUCCGGGUUAGCGAUAACCAACUCAAUGGGAGUAUCCCAAACUUCACCCAGAACUGGGCAAACCUUCAAAAACUUUAUAUUCAGGCUAGUGGUCUAUCCGGGCCAAUACCUUCGUGCAUUGCUUCCUUGACAAAUUUAACAGACCUGAGAAUCAGUGAUUUAAGUGGAAAUGACACCAGUUUUCCUGACCUCAGUGGGGCCACAAAUUUGAAAACACUUAUAUUAAGGAACUGCAAUAUCACUGGACAGUUACCAGGUUUCCUUGCCUCCAUGACAAAAUUGAAAAUGUUGGAUCUCAGUUUUAACAAACUAACAGGACCAAUUCCAGAAAACUUUGGUAGCUUAUACCACACAGAUUUCAUAUUUAUGACUGGGAACUUCUUCUCUGGAGCAGUGCCUGAUUGGAUGCUUAAUGAAGGACAGGCUAUUGAUCUUUCAUACAACAAUUUUACAGCAGACUCAAAUUGUCAACCGAGAACCACGAACUUGUUUGCAAGCACUUCAGAGGGGAAUACAUCGGGUCUGGUUUCCUGCCUAAGGAACAAUCCUAAUCUUUGUCCAAAAAGUGUUUACUCUAUCCAUAUAAACUGUGGUGGAAGACAAGUGAGACUUGAUAAUGGUACAACUUAUGAAGAAGAUAUCCAGUCAGGAGGGCCUUCAAACUUCUUUCAGAGCAGAAGUAACUGGGCAGUUAGCAGUACAGGAAGCUUCUUGGACAAUGCUCUCCCAAGUGAUACAUAUCUCUGGAACAGCUCAACUAUAUCAGGGAACAACAUUGAUUUGUACAGAACUGCAAGAUUGUCCCCGCUUUCAUUGACAUAUUAUGUCUACUGUUUGGCAAAUGGGAACUACACAGUGAACCUCCAUUUUGCGGAAAUCAUGUUUUCUGGUGACAGAACAUAUGCUAGCCUUGGGAGGCGAUUCUUUGAUAUAUAUAUUCAGGGAAAGCUGGUGAAGAAAGACUUCAAUAUUGAGACUGAAGCAGGUGGAGUUAAUAUACCCAUUGUUAGGAGUUUUACUGCUGUGGUAACUGACAAUACUUUAGAGAUUCGUUUCUUCUGGGCUGGAAAAGGGACUACUGGUAUUCCGUUUAGGGGAGUAUAUGGUCCUCUCAUUUCUGCAAUCUCUGUGAUAUCAGAUUCUGCACCACCAUCAGAUGGAAAUAGCCUGCAUGCCGGUGCUGUAGCUGGGAUUAUCAUUGCUGCUUUGUCUGUAAUUUCUUUGGUUGUGGUUAUUCUCUGGUGGAGAGGCUGUUUCCCAUGGAAGGAUUCGAUGGAAAAUUACCUAAAGGGAUUAGACUUGCAUGUAAAAUUGUUCACUCUCAAACAAAUCAAAGCUGCUACAAAUAACUUUGAUGCAGCUAACAAUAUCGGAGAAGGUGGUUUUGGUCCUGUGUACAAGGGUCAUCUUAAAGACGGAACUAUUAUCGCUGUGAAGCAGCUGUCGUCCAAAUCAAAACAAGGGAACCGUGAGUUUUUAAAUGAAAUAGGCAUGAUUUCAGCUCUACAACAUCCUAACCUUGUGAAGCUCUAUGGAUGCUGCAUUGAGGGGAACCAAUUAUUGCUUGUAUACGAGUAUAUGGAAAAUAAUAGCCUUUCCCGUGCCUUGUUUGCUAACCAAAAGUUGGAACUAGAUUGGCCAAAAAGGCACAACAUUUCAAUUGGUAUAGCAAGAGGUCUGGCUUAUCUCCAUGAAGAAUCAAGUUUGAAGAUUGUCCACAGAGACAUAAAGGCCGCGAACGUGCUUCUUGAUAAGGAUCUAAAUCCCAAAAUAUCCGACUUUGGUAUUGCUAAGCUUGAUGAAGAAGAAAAUACCCAUAUAAGCACCCGUAUUACUGGUACAACGGGUUACAUGGCUCCUGAAUAUGCAUUGAAUGGUCAUUUAACUGACAAGGCCGACGUUUAUAGCUUUGGAGUUGUCCUUUUGGAAAUUGUGAAUGGAAGGUGUACCACUAGCAUCAGAACAACAGAGGAUUGUUUUAACCUUACUGACUGGGUAAACUGAUUAUUAUUAGCUCUCUUUCAGUUGCAAUUCCAUCCAGGUUAACACUUUCAAGUUGAAUAGAUUUGGCAUGAAAAAUAGCAUGUGUGCGUCAAAUCAGACAGUAGAGUCUACCACUGCCCCUCAGGAUUGUUAAAGUCAUUAAGUGCCAGUAACUUAUCACUUCAUACAGUCGUACUUACAAGAUUUGGCUGGUUUUGUCUCAGUUUAUCUGAUGUCGCAUAUUAGCACUCGCUUCCUUUGCACAUGCAUGCUAAUGUGUGUCUGUGGAAAUUCAAUUAAGUUGGUUUCUUUUGCAGGCUAAUCAGUUGGAGGGGGAAGGGAAACUAAUGGAUCUUAUAGAUCCAAGACUAGGAUCAAACUACAAUGAAGAGGAGGUUAUGAGGACUAUACAUGUUGCCCUCCUUUGUACGAGCGAAAAACCCACAGACCGGCCUAGCAUGUCAUCCGCGGUUAGGAUGUUGGAAGGCCGAGGAAAGAAGUUGAUUGAAGAACUGAGUGAAUCACGCAAGAGAAACAAGAGUGACAAGAUUAGGGCCCUGAAAUUGAGAAUUCAGCAGCUUGGUGUGCCAUUUACUGCUUCUACAACAUCAGCAUCAACAUCAACAUCAACUGCUUCUCCACCAUCCCCCCAAACUAAUUAUCCAAUCAGCAUGGGUACUGACUAUUUAGAGGAGAGAUUUUAGUGAACUAUACUCUUCUGGUGCCCUUCUGUACAUCUUUCCUUUGGUGUAAAUGUUGCAGAUGUUUUUUUCUACCAGAUGUCAUUUUGUUUGACAGACACUAUGCUUCAAACUUUCUGUGGAAUGAGAUAUAAUUAGGAAGCUUGAACAGUUUAUUUUCUUCCUCCAGAGUUUUGGUCCAGAAAAAAAUGACAUGGUUUGGUUUCUGCAAAGGAAUUUGGUAGAGACUAGAAUAACUUGUAUGUAUCAUGUAACCAAUAAUCGACAGUUCUAAAAUCAUAAUCGUGAUGAUUAUCUAAG